AAGAGGACUAUUGUUUUCGUAUUGUGGAGUUUACUCUUUUGUGAAACAUCCCUUGGAAAGGUUCAAUGGACUUAUGAACCGCUCAGUGUUUAUUUUCAUACAUCCAAUCCCAAUGUGUUUGACUCGAAAUUAAGUAUAUAUCGCAUAUCUCGUGGUAAAUAUGGAUUAAACGGUUUUAUAGAUAUUAAACAGGACAUGUCAAAUAAUUAUAUAAUAGAAGUGAAUGUGUUGAAAAGUGUUUCAGGAAAUGAUAGAUAUAUCCCAACUGCAAUUAAAAUGCCACCCAAUAAUCUGGAGUACUAUAUGAAUAAUGUUUAUAAACUGUAUUUGAUGGAAGGGCUUAGUAAAUGUGCGCCGAAUUCGCCACAGUUUAAAACAGAGUUUAAGGCUCCAUUGACAAAACGACGAUUCGAACUAAAUAAAUGCGGCGCAAACACAACUAAUUGGCCAUAUUUGAACUCUGGAUUUUAUAAAUUGCAAAUACUUUUUUUAAGACCCAACAAUAUAACUAUUGAGGUUGUUGCAAAAGUUACCACUACGGGAAAUCUUUAAAGCACGGAUACCCCAAGGAAGCACAAUAUACGCAAUGAGUUAAAAACACAGAGAAUA